AUGAUAGAGAUCAAAAUUAUGUCGCUAACAGAUUUACGUGUACACGAAGUACAGUGCAAUCACCUUCUCGAAAUAAGUUUAUCUGCUAGAUGUUCAGCAGCGACCAACAAGAAAAAAGAAACCAUCAAGUACGUGCGGAACACAUCACCAGCAGGCUUUUAUAAACCCCUACCAUUGGAACCGACCAAAUCCUUCGAACCACUCAAACCUUUUGAACCUUUAAAACCAUUUGAGCCAGUGAAAGCUUUUGAACCUCUUAAACCAUUCGAGGCACCAAAAUCUUUUGAGCUAACUAAGCAGUUAACCGGUACAGUUAAUAAAGAACCCAUUGUAAAAGAAAUUGAAGAUAUAUAUUCUGACGCUUUAGCUAAAAUAGGUGGUAUAGAACUAAUCAAGGAACCUGUUAAACAAGAAAACAAUAUCAGUGUAAAUGGGUUUAACGGUGUAAAUCAGAAUCUUAAUAAUGGUCAAAAUGUUCAUAGUUUUAGACCGGUAACAUUUUCAGCUGGUACACAAGAGCAAACUCAACCAGUAAAACCACCGGAAAAAAUAACUGAAAUACCAAUAGACUCAAAUAAUAACCAGGAAGCAACUAACUGGUUACCUUCGGGUUAUGUUCCAGUUGAACCUCUGUCUCCUUUGAGGUUAUCUGACUUAGAACCUCCACUGUCUUCUCCUCAACCUCCACCUGUACCACAGAUUACCUUGACAAGCGACAGUAAUACAGAUAUCCCAAGAAUAUUAAACAGCAAUGCAGAGAAUAAGGCUGAGAUUAAAGAAGAAAAUAUAAAAACAGUUUAAAGGAAAUUAUUUCGGACUUGGACAAAUACGCUGAGAAGGAUAAGGAAUUGAAGCAGGAACCAAUAGGAUUUCUACCAUCUUUAAUCAAGAUAUCUUAAAACAGAAUCAUAUCUAUAACACAUAUCCCUAUAAGAACUCAAACAAAAGCCAGAAUGACAGUUGGGUUGCCAGAUUGCCGAGAGGUGUACCAGCCAAACCACCAAAAUAUCGCCCUAUGUCCGUACCACCCCAUGCAUUUAAUAGUUUGUAUUCCUCACAGAUAAAUCAAGAGCUUAUUGACAAAUAUAGA